AUGGCCGGAACCGUCGAAGCAGGAUCCCCCUUCCACCGCAACCUUGGCCUGUACAGCUGCCUUACCGCCAUCAAACCAACCUCCGACGAGGGUCCAGUCAAUAUAUUUUGGACCACCAUAUGCGCCGAGUAUUUCCCUCCAAGCGCCGGCUACAAGACAGCUGUUAUGCAGAGAGUCCUACAAGACGACACCAUGCCCGACUUUGCUGUAUUCAAAAUCGUGCUGAGAGCCGGCCCGCGCAGGAACACAAACGAUCUGCACGAAAAGCAAAUCUUCAUUGUCGAGUGCAAACGACCCUCGAAGGAUACGCCGGCGGAGUGGACAUCUGCCACAGAUCAAUUGAUACACUAUUGCGAGAACAACGUGGAUGGCUCAACCAGGAUCCUGGCCGCAACUGCGAUCGGCAGGAAAGUGAAGUUCUGGCGAUACGAUGCCGGCACGCUGUCCCCGUUGUCUGCCGUGCUUGAUCUCUCCUGGGCGGCGGGUCAGAACGAGACUGUUCAGAUGCUGGACUAUGUACGCACUCAUGGAUGGGCUUGGAAUCAGUCGGGCUCUGCCUAG